GCCACAAUUUAAUUGAUAUCAUUUUUAUUCAUUUCAAACUUUUGUUAAAUGUUUUAAAAGAUAUCAUGGAAGGGCUUGAAUCUUCUGAUAAGGCUGCUUGGACAAAGGAAAUGUUGCAUAUAUUUUGUGAUAUAUGCAUUAAGGCAAUUGAUAUGGGAAUGAGACCUAAUACUCAUUUCGAUAAACCGGGGUGGAAAUUUCUUAUAACAUCAUUUAAAGAACAAACUGGGCAUGCAUUUACUAAAACACAAUUGAAAAACAAAUGGGAUGGAUGCAAAAAGGAUUGGAGGAUAUGGAAUAAGCUGGUUUCUGAAACCGGUGUUGGCUGGAAUAGUGAAUUAGGCACAAUUGCAGCUAGUGAUGAGUGGUGGAAACAAAAAAUUCAGGAAAUUAGAGGAGCCAAAAAAUUCAGACAUGUCGGUAUUGAGCCGUCUUUAAAGAAUAAAUUUGACCGAAUGUAUUCCAACAUUGUCGCAACUGGAGCGUUUGCAUGGGCUCCUUCAUCAGGUGUACCUGCUGGCAGUGGUGUUGAUCCUGGUACAAGCAAUGCCGACAUUGCUGAUGAUGGUUUGGAAGAGGGCAGCGGUGAUUCGGAGGAAGAUGUGAUUCCAGAUUUCCAGACUGAUAUGGCUCGAAUGGUUGGAGGGAUACAUAUGUCUAGCAGCACCAAUACAAAAAGCGGCGAGAAAAGAAAAGAACGAGAUCAUUAUGAUGUGCGAGGUAGAAAGAAGAAAACAUCUGGAAUUGGUGUUAAGUUGCUGACAAGGUGCAAUCAUCUACUUGAGAGUAUGUCAACUAAGAGUGAUUCGACGUCUGUUAAUAUGGAUCGUGAAGGCUGUAGUAUUCCCGAGGUCAUGGCUGAACUGCACUCCAUUCCUGGAGUUUCAGUUGACGAUGAUUUUCAUGACUUCGCUACGGAGUAUCUUAGUCUAAGAAGGAAAAGAGAAAUGUGGUCCAGUAUGGGCGAUAUGCAACAGAAGUUGCGAUGGUUGCAGCGAAUGUAUGAACGAAGUAAACGUGCUUAGCUGACAAGAGUAAUGGGAUGCCGGUUUUUAAAAGAGUAGUUUCCAUUUGCCGAAGUUUGUUCGAGGCAUUGUAUUUGCGGUAAUUGAUGAACUUUUUCUAGAUAAACUGCUUUACGGGAUUUAACAGACUUGUAUGAGAAAUUGUUGGUUGUAAUGUUGUAUUUUAUCAAUGAAUUACAAUGUUCAAUGGUUAAUGUUCAAUGGUUGACAUUUUAAUGGAAUUGGUUGGUAAUUUACCUUAACUGAUUUGUUAACUAUAUAUUUGUAUUUGCUGCCGUGAGGUCUGCUGGGAAUAAUAAUACAUGCUGCUGUGUUUCUUUCCUUAGCUGUACUUUUUUCAAUUUGUUAGCAACUGUUAGAUUAGGCAUGAAAGGAGAAACCAAGAUAUAUGCUUUGUAUGAGAUGGAGAGAGUAAUAAUAAUAAAGAAUCAAUAGGCAGCAUUUAUGUGUGCAUCGAAUUUAAUAUUUGAUGAUAUUUGCUGCAUUGUUUACCCCUUUAGGAUUCAUUGUCCAAAUGGGAGAGGGGGGGAUAAAAAUGAACCAAGGCAAAUAAAAAAUGACAGAUUGUUGCUUAUAAUUUACCUUUACUGUUGAUCCUUCUUUCUUUGCUGCCAUGAGGUUUCAUAAUACAUGCUGCUGUGUAUCUUUCAUUUGCAGUAAUUUUUUCAAUUGGUUAGCUAGAGAUUGACGUGUUGCAUACUGUUUUUGCCUUGGCUGUCUAGUGUUAGCUUGUGAGGUCUGAAACAACAACAUCUUUUGCAAACUGUUUGUGUUUUUUUCAUUGUUGCCGUGAGCUGUGAUGGGACUAAUGUUGU